CUGACUUCAGACCUUAGUCGAACGUUGGCCGAUUCGAAUCAAUUGUUUUCAGUUUUCAGUAGUGCGGCAACUGCGAACGGGUAGCAUCGUAAUAGAAAUUCUUGGCCAAGAUAAAUUUUGAAAUAAUUUUAAAUAUAUUAAAUCGAAUCAACAAGAUGUUAAUGAAUCGCUUGAAACUGUUAACAGCAUCCGCUGGUAUAUUCGUUUUCGCCAUUAUAUUCGGAUGGAUUAUAUUUCCACAGAUCUUAAAGUUUAUGAUAUCGAAGCAAGUCACACUUAAGCCGGGCACAGAUAUACGUGCUCUAUGGGCGGCUACGCCCUUUCCUCUGCAUUUCUAUGUCUAUGUUUUCAAUGUAACCAAUCCAGAGGAGGUUGCAAUGGGCGGCAAGCCCCGCGUCCAAGAGAUCGGACCGUAUGUCUUCGAUGAGUGGAAGGAUAAAUAUGAUUUGGUUGACGAUGUCGUCGAGGAUACCAUAUCUUACAAUAUGCGCAACACCUUUAUAUUUAACGAAAAAGCCUCAAGUCCACUGACGGGAGAAGAAAUUAUUACCAUGCCACAUCCAUUGUUGCAGCCCGCUGGAAUCAAUGUGCAACGUGAGCGAGCGGCGAUGAUGGAGCUGGUUGCCAAGGCGCUGGCAAUUGUCUUUCCGGAUGCAAAUGCUUUUCUCAGCGCCAAGUUUAUGGAUUUCUUUUUCCGUGGCAUCAGCGUCAACUGCUCAUCGGAGGAAUUUGCAGCCAAGGCACUGUGCACGGUUUUCUACACGGGCGAGGUGAAGCAGGCCAAGCAGGUCAACGGGACGCAUUUUCUAUUCUCUUUCUUGGGUCAGGCCAAUCACACAGAUGCCGGACGUUUUACAGUCUUUCGCGGCGUCAAGAACAAUAAAAAACUGGGCCAGAUCGUCAAAUUCGCCAAUGAGCCGGAAAUGGACGUCUGGCCGGGCGACGAGUGCAAUCAGUUUAUUGGCACCGAUUCGACAAUCUUUGCGCCGGGCAUGAAGCGCGAACAGGGCCUGUGGGCCUUUACGCCGGACAUCUGUCGAUCACUGGGCGCUGUCUAUCAACGUAAGUCGUCAUACCAUGGCAUGCCCUCACUCAGGUAUACCCUGGACUUGGGCGAUGUUAGUGCGGAUGAGAAGCUGCAUUGUUUCUGCAAGGAUCCCGAAGACUUGUCCACUUGCCCGCCUAAAGGCACCAUGGAUCUGUCGCCUUGUGUGGGCGGUCCCCUCAUGGCCUCCAUGCCGCAUUUCUAUAAAGGCGAUCCCAAGCUGAUUCAAGAUGUUGAUGGGCUCCAUCCCAACGAGAAGGAUCAUGCUGUUUAUAUAGACUUUGAGCUGAUGUCGGGCACACCAUUUCAGGCCGCUAAGCGUUUGCAGUUUAAUAUGGAUGUGGAGCCUGUCGAGGGCAUUGAACAAAUGAAACACCUCCGAAAGCUUAUCAUGCCCUUGUUCUGGAUUGAGGAGGGCGUGCAUCUGAACAAAACCUACACCAACUUGGUCAAAUACACGCUAUUUCUCGGCCUCAAAAUCAACUCCGCCCUACGCUGGACCCUAAUCACUCUGUCCUUAGUUGGCAUGAUGUCUGCUGGCUAUUUGUUCUAUCAGAAAUCGGAUGCGCUGGACAUAACCCUGCCGCCCAAGAUCAUCAAGGAUACGAACAAGGUGGCCAACCAGCCGAGACCCGAGAAGCAAGAACAACAGCCAACCUCGCCAGUAGCUGUGCCCAUACCAGGCGUUAAUCUCUCCAAUCCGAAAGUGGAGCAGAGGGCGCGCUACUAACCGAGACUCACAUCAUCGAAAUAGCUGUCGUUAUUGUUUUCGUAUAUUUGUAGUUGAAACACCUGUAGUCCAAUAAGCACGCGCUAAUAAAUAUGGCAAAGACCAA